AUGCUUCUACCAUCUGAUGGAGACCAUAUUUCAACAAUUGUGAAAAGCACAUUUCCGAUGUUUGCCACUGGGAAUUCUAAUCCAAAUUUGCUGGAAGGACGUGCUAUACUAGCACCAACACUAGAUGUGGUUAACUCAGUAAAUGAAUAUAUGAAUGCGUUGCAUACUUCUGAAAGUAGAACAUAUUUUAGUUGUGACACAGUAUGCAAAGCCGAUGCAGAUAAUGGGAUACUUGCAGAUGUACACACCCCUGAAUUCUUAAACGGAAUUAGAGUUUCAGGUUUACCAAAUCAUUCAUUGACUUUGAAAAUUGGUUCACCGGUAAUGUUGAUGAGAAAUAUUGACCAUAGUAUUGGGUUGUGCAAUGGUACCAGACUGAUAAUCACCAAGUUAGCAGACCGUAUUAUUGAAGCAGAGAUAAUGACUGGUGCUAACAAAGGAAAUAAAGUUUUGAUUCCCCGAAUGUCCAUGUCCCCAUCCGAUCCAAGGUUGCCAUUCAAGUUUCAACGAAAACAAUUUCCGUUGAUGUUAUCAUAUGCAAUGACCAUUAAUAAAAGUCAGGGUCAAACAUUGUCACAUGUAGGAUUGUUACUAAAGAAAUCUGUGUUUGUACAUGGUGUGAAUAUGGAUUCUGCUAGUGGUGGUUGUGAUGAAAGUUAUUCCACAGACACUGGUGUAGAAGUCAGUGCUUGUGAUAUGGAAAUAUCACCUGGUAUGACUAAGCAGAGCACAACUCGAAAGGGUAGAGAUGGUGGUAUUGUGUUGAAGCAUGUUGUAUGUAGUCGUGAGGGGUUCAAGCAUAGACAUCGUAGUGAUGCGAAGAGGCGUAGGGUGUCCAGUAGGGUUGGGUGUAAGGCUAAGGUGGUUUUUAAAUUCAUACCUAAAGGUUGUUAUUCUGUGCAUUUUUUUGAGGAACGGCAUACCCAUUCGAUGUGUUCAUCUAUUGCUAAGCAGUUUUUAAAGGUCAAUCGCAAUCUUGAUGUUAGCCAUCAAAUUUUUGUUGCAAGUUGUGUUCGGGCAAACAUUGGCCCUACUCGGUCGUAUAGGUUAUUUAAGGAGAUUGUUGGUGAUUAUUCUAAUGUGGGGGCUACAAGUGUGGACUUUCAAAAUUUCAAACGUGAUUUAAUGGCGUACAUUUUGAAUGGUGAUGCUCAAUUGUUCAUAGAUACGCUAUUUAAAAGGCGUGAAUUGUGCGAAGCAUUUGGGUUUGAAUAUGAUGUUGAUGAGGCUGACCAGCUCUCAAGGGUAUUCUUGGCGGACGCAGUAUCAAGGAAGAACUUUUCUUUGUUUGGUGAUGUUGUUUCGUUUGAUGCUACAUAUCGUACUAACAGGUAUAAUCUGGUUUUUGUCCCAUUUACUGGCAUUGAUAAUCAUAAGAGAUGCAUCACCUUUGGUGCUGGGCUACUUACGAAGGAAGACAUAGACUCAUACGUGUGGCUUUUGGAGAGUUUUAAGAAAAUUAUGGGUCAUGAUCCUAUUUGCGUUGUUACAGAUCAAGAUCCAGCUGUGAAGGUUGCCGUUGCUCAAGUGUUUGGUGCGUCAAAACACAGAUUUUGUAUGUGGCAUAUAAUGUGUAAGGUGGGAGAGAAGGUUGGACCGAUUUUAUCUAAAGACGAGGUGUUUAGGAGGAAGUUGAAUUGCAUCGUUUGGGAUAAUUCAAUUGAUCCCGAGGCCUUUGAGUUGCGAUGGAAUCAGAUUAUGGAGGAAUAUGGGUUGGGUGAUAAUGGUUGGUUUCGUUACUUGUUUGAGUCCCGUACAUUUUGGGCAUCUCCAUACUUUCAUGAUGAGUUUAUGGCGGGUUUGGUUAGGACCACAUCUAGAUCGAAGUCUCAAAACAGUUUCUUUGGUAGCUUCUCUAAUGGACAUUCUAGCUUGGUUGAAUUUUUGGUGCAUUAUGAUAGUGCUAUUGGUGCACAGCGGCAUGCCCAAGCAAAACUAAAUGAUGAUUGUGAAGCUUGUUUUCCCGUGUUGAAGACACCAUUGGCGUUGGAGCGACAUGCCAUGGGUGUUUACACAAUUUCUGUGUUUUAUGAUGUUCAAGAGGAGAUUUGUGCAGCUUGUUUUUCUUGUCAAGUGGUAUCUUUGAGUGAUUCUGAUGGCAGCGUGUCUUACAUGAUAAAAGAUGGUAACCAUCGAGCAUGGGUUGUCAAUUUAGUUUUGGAUGACAAUUGUGCAAGGUGUUCUUGCAAGAUGUUUGAGAGGGUGGGUUUGUUGUGUAAGCAUAUCUUUUUUGUUUUUAAAGAUCGUGGUCUUGAGAGUAUUCCUUCUAGGUAUUUGGUGCAUCGGUGGACAAAGGGUGCAUGUUUGCACCCAAUAUUUGAUAUUGAUGGUAUAGUUGUUGAUCAAUCUGCGAAAGUGGAGAACGUUAGGCUGCUUACUAAUCUUAUGUGGUCUGAUAUUUAUGCUUGUGUGGGGUUGGCUGAUGGUAAUAUUGAUCGUUUGUCACAGAUACGAAGCGUUAUUAAUGAUCAAAGGAAAUUAUUUCUUCAAGAUGGGAGUGAUAAUGGCAGUAGCGUGGCUGGUGGUAGCAAGCAAAGUGUGAUUAAUUCGUUUUGUGGGUCUAUGUCCAAGGCCUCUUCAGUGGAAGUGCACGACCCUGUCAAAGCUAAGAACAAGGGUAGUGGUAAGCGAUUGAAGAGUGCAAGGGAGAGAGCUGCAAGCAAGUGUGCAAAGCAAUCAAGGAGAUGCCACACUUGUGAUGAAUAUGGCCAUAACAGUAGGACAUGUCCUUUAAAUAAUUGA